UGGGUGUUGCGAGGGCACGCGGCGGCUGGAAAGAGCGGACCUUUUCCCUCUGGCCCCCGAGAGGAUCUCGGCAAGAGGCGUUUAUAAACCUUCUGCAGCAGCCCGUCCAGCGCCUCUUUCAUUCCCGGACCGCAGUUUGGACUGCGCGUCUUUUCUGAGUUAGGUUGGAUCUAGUGGUCCCCUGCAGCCGAAGCGACCGGCAUGGAGAAGCCAGCCGAGAGCCGGAAUGGCUUUCUGGAGCCGACGGUGCUAACCGGCUUCGAGGCCGGAGAGGAAGGAGUGAAGCAGCCUCGGCUGAAGCUCUUCCAGCUGCGGAGCUUCGGGCGGUUCCUGAGGAAAAACUGCAUCGUGAUCUUGACCGUAACCGGCGUGCUGGUCGGGGUGGCCAUGGGCGCCCUGAUGAGGCAAAUGCCGCUCACCCGGGCUCAAAUCACCUACCUGGCCUUUCCGGGAGAGAUGCUGCUCCGUAUGCUGAAAAUGAUCAUCCUGCCCUUGGUGAUAUGCAGUCUGGUCUCCGGAGCGGCCAGCCUGGACACGCGGUCCCUGGGCAAGCUGGGCGGCAUCGCCGUCGCCUACUUCUUGGUUACAACCUUGAUCGCCUCGGCGCUCGCCAUUGCCUUGGCCUUCAUCAUCAAACCCGGGGUGGGCGCCGGGGAGCUCAAUAGCAAAGACUUGGGCUUGGAUGGCGCCAUGCCCACCAAUAAGGAGACGGUGGACUCUUUCCUGGACCUUGCAAGAAAUUUGUUUCCAUCAAAUCUCAUUGCUGCAGCCUUUCGAUCGUAUGCUACUGAUUAUAAAGCCAUAGUUAGAAAUGCAACCAUUGGCAAUGUUACCAUUGAAAAGUACAUUGUUGAUUAUAAAGAAAUAAUAAAUGCUUCCUUUGGGAAUGCCACCAUUGAAAAGUUCCCUGUUGGCACUGAAAUUGAAGGAAUGAAUAUUCUGGGGCUUGUGCUUUUUGCUCUGGUUUUGGGAGUAGCUUUGAAAAAACUUGGACCCGAAGGAGAAGAACUCAUUCGUUUCUUUAAUUCUUUCAACGAGGCAACCAUGGUCUUAGUAUCUUGGAUUAUGUGGUAUGUACCACUUGGCAUUACAUUUCUAGUUGGAAGCAAGAUUGUGGAAAUGGAUAAUAUUAUGCUGCUGGUGACAAGCCUUGGAAAAUACAUCUUUGCAUCAAUUCUUGGCCAUAUUAUUCAUGGAGGGAUUAUUUUACCACUUAUUUAUUUUGCAGUUACACGCAAAAACCCUUUCACUUUUCUGUUAGGACUUAUAACUCCUUUUACCACAGCAUUUGCUACUUGUUCCAGCUCUGCAACUCUUCCAUCAAUGAUCAAGUGCAUUGAAGAUAACAACAAAGUAGACAAAAGGAUUAGUAGAUUUAUUCUGCCUAUUGGGGCUACUGUGAAUAUGGAUGGAGCUGCUAUCUUCCAGUGUAUAGCUGCUGUCUUUAUUGCUCAACUGAACAACGUCGACCUCAAUAUUGGACAGAUCUUUACCAUUCUGGUUACUGCCACUGCUUCCAGUGUGGGAGCUGCUGGAAUUCCAGCUGGAGGAGUUCUAACCAUAGCUAUUAUCUUGGAGGCUAUUGGACUUCCCACAAAUGACAUCUCUCUUAUAUUGGCUGUGGACUGGAUUGUGGACCGGACCACAACAGUUGUCAACGUCGAAGGUGAUGCCUUUGGAGCAGGUAUUCUUGAUUAUCUGAAUCCAAAAGAAACUAAGGAGAAAGACACAGAACUUAGUGAUGUCCAUGUGGAAGCCAUUCCAAACAUCAAGGCUGAUGAGGAAACAUCACCUCUGGUAACACACAAGGUUCAAGCCGUCACCCCUCCACCAUCUAGCUCUCAAGAUCCAACAUCUAAUGAAUCAGUCCUAUGAAUAUAAAAGAGUGGAGGGCACUUUGUGGGCACUGUAAUUUAGAAAGUACUUGUUGAAUAGAGUCUGUAUGGCCCCUGAGUUUAAGCAGGUAUGUCCUCUUCCAGUCUGAUGGCACAGAACACAGUGGUAACAGCCACAGACUACAAAAUAUGUGCAAGCUUCUGUAUGUGUGUUUGUGUGUGAGAGAAACAAGAAUGAAAACUUUAGUUGGUACAAAAAAUGCUGCUGCAUACUUAUGUGUAUAUGAGAAACAUAUGCAAGACAAAUGUAGUGAGUGAAUGAUAGCCAUCCUAGAAAAUUUCUUUUUGCUAUGAAAUAAAAUUUAAAGGCCACUUUAUAAGAUAGACUAAGAAAUUUCAGAGAUUUUGGGAAUGUCUUGAUAACUGAAGUUAUACAGGAAUGAAAUGGAGUUUCUUGUAAUUUUACUGCAUCGAGCCUGCAUGACUUUAUUUGAAAGGUAUUCUUAAGGGAUCAGUUUAUUUUGAUUGAUAGCCAUAGUUUGUGGGACCUAACUGAACUAUUGCUCUUUGUUCUAGUUCGAUAAAUCAGAGAAGUAGGAGAAUAGAAUUGAACUAAUACGUUAUCAGAUAUAUACAGCUAAUGGCCACCAGUCCAGAUUAGCCUAAAAAGGACCAUUGUAAUUCAUUGCUCUCUUCCUGAACCAAGCUAAGCACCUGGAGGUCAAACCUUACUGGACCAAAAAAGAAAGCAAGAAGUUGAACCAUUGCCUUUCUGUUCAAAAGUUGGGUUGCAGUCUUCAUAAUUGUUUCUUACACAGGAAGCUGAAAUUGCUUUCGAGACACUCUCAGCAAUGUUUGAUGUCAAUGUUCAAAUUAAUGUUUGAUUGUUGUACCUGAAAAGAAAUACUAAUGAGUGGCCAGGAUGAAUAUGUACUAGCAGAAAUUGAUUUAGGUUUCUUAGUUUGAUGUCAUGUCUGCAGGUGGUGCUGCGAGAAAUUAUCUUUGUUCUGGAUCAGCAUAUUGUAUUGCUUUUAAUGUUUUCUGCUUAGAACUGUCCCAAAUUGGGACUCUCCAUUAGCAAUGGAAAGCUGGCUAGAAUUUUCAGAUUUAUAGGCCCAAUACACCUAGUGGACAUUGUAUCUAUAAUGAUGCUUCUGAGCAUCCAUAACUGGAGCUAAAAACAAAUUGUUUAUCAAAAGAACAGGCUACAUUUGAUACAGUAGUAUCCUGCUUAUUUCCCCAAGACCAAUAAGUAUAUGAAGUGUGUUUCUAUCAAUUCCUGAACAGAUUAACUCCAUGCUUAUUUAGUGCCUGGUGUCAUAAUGACCAAUAAUUCUUUUCUUUAUGCAUAACAAAUAAAAUCAUAUUGCAAAUAUGGGUUGAAAACAUAUAUGGAACAUCCAGUUUUAAGCUUCAAAAAGUUUACAUAAAAGUACAUUUAACUGGGUGCUUAAAUGUGACCUGGUAAUAAUCAUGAAGCUUCAUUUGUCACUUUUUCCCUCACUCCACCAUUGUUUUCAAGAGGAUAUGUGUUGAAAAGUAAUCACACAAUUCUGGCCUUUAACUCUCCUUGCGUAAGAGAUACUAUUCAGACAUUUUUCUGGCUGUCAGAAAUUCAGUUCCAUUAUUUAAAAUUGUUUGGAAUAUUACCUGUUGUCCAAGUAUGAAACACUUUUUCAAAAGAAUAUAAUAUGUUAUAAUUUCCCCCCCUGCAAAAUUAAUCUUAAAGCCCUUGAGCAGGAAAAGACAACUCGCCUGGUGCCUCCCAGAUGGGCCACAACUCCAGUUCCCAGAAUUCUUAGCAUGUUAUGCCAUUUGUCCUAAUUUGCCAUUUUCAAUCUGGUGAACUCCAAAUUCAGAAUAUACAGUAAAGUAAAUGGAAUUAAUCCGAAUCUAAAAAAAGAGGAGUCAGAUUUUAAUCACAAACACCCUUGGUUGAAAGGCAAGGUAUUGUUUUGAUAAAUAUUUACCUUUCCAGAAACAACUUUUGUCUUUAUAAAUUAUAAAGCAACUUUAUGUAACUAUAAAGGAAGCCUUUAGAAUGGGUUAUAUGUUUAUCCCACUCUACCUAUUCUUCUUUCAGUGUGGGCACCUAAUAAAUAUGGUAGUAUGUUUUCUCUUCCUGUAUUAACCAAACACAUUAUGAAGUAUUCUUACUAAUUGAUGUAGCAAAUGCUGACACAGGAAUCUCUAUCCUUCAGGCAGGCCAGUCAGUUAAACCUGACCUGUUUGUAUUGCUGCCAGUCAGAGUGCCAGGUCGUCUUGCAACAGUCAUAAUCUAGAUAAUCCUAUUACUUUUCAGUUAGAUAAUCAUUAAGUCAUAAGAUUGCAUCAAUCCUUUCUUUCAGUUGCUGAGCGUACAUUUUCAGGAAAGAGGCAUUCUUACAAAAGAGAAGCUUUGAGCCGGCUGACUAGAUUGACUUUUAGUGGUAGAAAAGCACUUAGGUUCCUUUACAGCAGUGUUUUUCACAUUUGGGAAUGUUAAGAUGUAUGGACUCCAACUCCUAGAAUUCCCCAGCCAGCUAGCUAGGGAAUUCUGGGAAUUGAAGUCCACACACCUUAACGUUCCCAAAUGUGAAAAACACUGUUUUAGAGGAUUUGCUCAUAGAAAAAGAAAAUAUUUCUCUUUAUUCUGGCUUCAUUUUGCAUCUUGCUUUGGAAUUUGUGAAUUAUAUUCUAUCUUGCCCACUUGCAUAUGUGUGCAGGAAAUAAUUAAUCAGCACAUAGAAUACCGAUUUGCUUCCUGCAACUGAUUUAGCACACUUUGAGCAGUAGUAACAAUGUUUGCGCAGGAUUUCAAAAUCAGUAAAGUCAGCGGUGGAUCUUGAACCUCCCAACUUUUACUUUCGCUGGAUGAAAGUAAGUGAAAUUUCUCCCUGUUCACUUAUUCCACCGUGGAAUAGCUUUGCAAUGUUUUCAUGCCUUUCCCCCUUAAUCAUUUUUUCCUAAGCUGUAAAACUUCAGACAUAGUGAUUUUCUUUCUGUAUAGAGAAAGCAAUUCUUGCUCAGCUUUUUCAGAGGCAUGGCUAUAAACUGAACAUAAUAUUUUAGGUUUAGGCACUGGAAAGCAGAAAUUGAGUAGGAAGUGCAAAAAGGAGUUGCAAGUGCAGAUAUGUAAUUUGUCGUUCUCACUAAACAUACCCAAAGAAUGCCUCUUAAGAUUCCAGUUGAGCACUUCUUUUUCUUUAAAAAAAAAUCUACUAUGUAAAAAAUAUGCCUUGGAGAGGACUAAUCAUAUCUUCUCUAGCAGAUUAGUAGUAUUUUAUUUAAGGGGUUUUUAAUAAUGUAAUCCCAGUGGUUAUUGAGUCAACCAGACCAUUGUUCCAGCAAGAGUAGGGAUAUUGGAAAGAAAAAUAUCCAUGAGCCUUGAUUGAUAGUACAACCUGCCUGCCUCUCAAAAUACAACUUGCCAUUAAUGACCACAAAGAUUAGGAAGCUCUAAUCAAAGGUGCUCUUGGGUGCUACUACCAGAAUUGUGACCUACGUAACACACAUGGUAUUAAGCAUGAAUAUAUUGUACACUACCAGUGUGAGGGGUUUAAGUAGCAAAUUCUUCUACCAAGAAUUGGUUGAGAGCUUUGAUUAAAAAGCCAGAUUGGUUGAGAGCUUUGAUUACUGCUCAUAGUAUAAAUGCCAUUGGGGAUCUCUUAGGUAUAGUAAACUUAUUUUUUUCAUAUUUUUAUAGUGGCUGAACUGAAGACAGGUUUGACAGCAACUUAUAGACAAUAGUAGCCAGAAAAAGAAAAAAGAGAGAGAGAGAAAAAAAGAGAGAGAGAGAAAGCAAGAGUUUCUCAAUAGCCUCCUCAGUUCAGAUCUUGGGUCAGUACCACCACAAUUAAAGAAAAUGAACAAAUGUUCUAUACCUGCUUUGUUUUAUAAAAUAAUAUUGCCUUUUCUUUUAUCAGAUUCUUUACUAAUGGUACAAAAAGGGUAUUUUGGUUUUGGGUUUUUUUGGUCUGGAGGAAAAUCAAGAUGGCAAAGAGCAGGCAACUGAGUAGAACUGGUAUUUUUCAUUACUGAUUAUUUUUUCUUUAGCUUUUGGACAAUCCCUGGACCAAAUCCAAGGUUAGCAUAUCCUUCCUGUCCCUGUCCUUUUCCCAUUGAGAAAUAUGUUCUUUUGUACUCUGCUAACGAGUAAACGUAACUGGGGUUUUUUGCAUAUGGAUGAUAUGUCUAUCUUCAGGUUGAAGUGUCAUAUUGCUUGAAACUCAGUAAUACCUAAAAAAUAAUACCUAUAAAGGAAAAUAACAUAGACUAUGUAAGAGUCUAUAUUGUAUAAGAUACAUUAUUAUUAUUACUUUAAAUUAAGAGACAUCAGGAAUUUACCCCUAGGACUUUGUGUGGGUAAAACAUAUGCUAUACUAUUGAGUUUUAAUUCCCCCCUUAUUGAUUUCAGUGGCAUAAAGGUUACUUCAAAGGAUGCCAGCAAUCUUGACUAUUUAUACUGUUUCUUCCUAAUGUAUUGUAUCAGCACUUGCAGUGUACAAAUUCUAGUUUUUCAGGUGUCCAUUGCAGCAUGUGAUAUUUCACAUUUUUCUCAUUUCAAUCAGAUGGGUUUAAAUCACUAGAAUGAAAUGUUCAUUAAUUUAUCUAGGUGGGGAAUGUGGAAGGAAAUCAAAAUUUAAAAAUAAAGCAGAGGAUUGAUUAAAAUUUUAAAAAAUCUGUUGUGCAGCAUUUUAGGAACUCUGAAAUUGGGCUGCUGAAAAUUGUAGGAGAAUCAUGCUGAUCAUAAACAGGAAUGAGAGGAAGAUUGAUAGGUUUAUAUUCUGCGUGAUAACGUGUUUCAAGUUACUAUGAACAGGUGGAACAAAGCUGGAAAAUAAUUAUAUAUUUUUGAACUGGGUGAUCAGCUUUUUUAAAAAUCCUGACAUUCUAGGUGCAGAUACUGCACAGCAGAUUUUGUUGUGGUAAUGUUGAGGUCCUAAUUUGAAAGUUUGCAUCGUCUUCUCAAAUUCCAUCUUAACACUGUAAUUAAAAAUAGGCUAUCAGCUUGUGUUUCUCCUCUUGCUAUGCCAUUUUUUUAGGUUGGCUAAAAAAGGAUAUUGCUCUAAUUGGACUUUGUGUUGAAUUGUGUUUAUUCUCAUGCAACCAUUCCCAGAAUUUACACUGAACCAUCAGUGCUUUCCCUUGCUGAUUAUUGAGCAUGCCCCCCCUCCAACAAAAUCCGUCUAAAAAAACCCCAGCUGCUACUCCAAUAUCAGAUUCCCACUGUCGUUUUUGCCUUUUCCUGUAGUUGCUUAAGAGCAAGGAGAGAGGAAAGCUUUGGGUGGUGGGCCUAAGCUACCUACCAUCUGGGUUCCAUGGUAAUUAAGUUGGUGAUUUGAGAUUUUGGAGAGCUUAGUAAAAUAACACUGGCUGAAUUGUCGAAGAAAAAUGUCACUGUGAAAACAAGGAGGACAGUAUUGCUGUGGCAAUGGUGCCAAAACUAGGUGCAGAAGUGCUCUGAUUACUCGAUAUAAUGCUAGGGGACAUUACCUCACACAAGGAAUCAUCAAACAGGAUUUUUUUUUUACAACGUUGAGAAGCUUUCUUAUUUUUCUCACUGGCACAGCUGAAUGUCAGCUUCUACUGAGACCUGAAUAAAAUUCUUAUGACCGGAUAGAACGGUUAUCACAUUAAAUUGGCUAAUAUGCUUCUAGCUUACCUUAAUAUUCAACAACAGCCCUUCCCCCAAUUAAUGGAAUCAUUUAGACCAGGGGUCUCCACCCUUGGU